AUGGCCACCGCCGCUUCCAACCCUUAUCUGCCCACCAACAGCAUCCUGUCGUCCGGAUCCAUCGUGCACUCUGACUCCGGGGGAGGAGGCGGCGGCAUGCAGCCGGGCGGCGCUGCGGUUACCUCGGGCUCCGGGGGCUACAGGGGAGACCCCACGGUUAAGAUGGUGCAGAGUGACUUUAUGCAAGGCGCCAUGGCAGCGAGCAACGGGGGCCACAUGCUGAGCCAUGCCCACCAGUGGGUGACUUCGCUGCCGCACGCCGCAGCUGCGGCAGCGGCGGCCGCGGUGGCCGCAGCCGAAGCCGGAUCUCCGUGGUCGUCGAGUCCCGUCGGGAUGACGGGCAGCCCCCAGCAGCAGGACGUGAAAAGCUCCGGCAGAGACGAUCUGCACACGGGCACCGCGCUGCACCACAGACCCCCUCACUUAGCCCCCCACCAGACUCACGCCGGGGCUUGGGGGAGCACGACAGCCGCGCACAUCAACUCCAUCUCCGCGGGGCAGCAGCAGCAGCAGUCGCUCAUCUACUCCCAGCCGGGGGGGUUCACUGUGAACGGGAUGCUGAGUCCGGGGAGCCAGAGCCUGGUGCACCCGGGCUUGGUGAGGGGGGACACCCCGGACCUGGACCACGGCAGCCACCAUCACCACCAUCACCACCAGCACCCGCACCACCAGCACCCGCACGUCAACAGCCACGACCCGCACUCGGACGACGACACGCCGACCUCGGACGACCUGGAGCAGUUCGCCAAGCAGUUCAAGCAGCGGAGGAUCAAGCUGGGCUUCACGCAGGCGGACGUGGGCCUGGCUCUGGGGACCCUGUACGGGAACGUUUUCUCUCAGACCACCAUCUGCAGGUUCGAGGCUCUGCAGCUCAGCUUCAAGAACAUGUGCAAGCUCAAACCUCUGCUGAACAAGUGGCUGGAGGAGGCCGACUCUUCCACCGGCAGCCCGACCAGCAUCGACAAGAUCGCGGCGCAGGGGAGGAAGCGGAAGAAGCGCACGUCCAUCGAGGUGAGCGUGAAGGGGGCCCUGGAGAGCCACUUCUUAAAAUGUCCCAAACCUUCAGCGCAGGAGAUCAGCAGCCUGGCGGACAACCUGCAGCUGGAGAAGGAGGUGGUCAGGGUUUGGUUUUGCAAUAGGAGACAGAAGGAAAAACGGAUGACGCCCCCGGGAGUGGCUCAGACGCCGGAGGAUGUGUACUCUCAGGUCGGCAAUGUGAGUGCAGAAACACCGCCCCCCUCCAUGGACUGCAAACGAAUGUUCAGUGAGACAUAG